UGUGUGUGUGUGUGUGUGUGUGUGUGUGUGUGUGUGUACGCACAUGCGCAUGCUUGUGGCCCCUGAGAUAUUUGGGAGUGAGCCUGUGAGGUGAGGUGUGUGCGGCCCAAAGCCUGUGUGAAGAGCAGUGUUGUACGGAAGACACAUGUGUGGGCACUGGCUAGGGUGAACUCAGUGUGGCUGUGUAGGGGCCAGAGGGGCUGCGCAUGCAUAGAAUGUGAAAGAGAAGAGGGCACAGGAGAGGGCACUGCUGCCUCAGUUAGUCACAUCCUGGCGGGUUGGUCUUGAUUUCUGGCAGUGUCUGCAACUGCCUUUGCAGGGGUCAAGGUCUGUCUUCUGAGCUUGAUGAGAUUGAGGGCUAUGGCAGGACAUGUUCUGGGACCUGCUGGGCUGGGAUAUGUAUUUCUGGUCACUCUGAGGAGCCAAUUGAGAAACCUAUCUUCUACAGACCCUUGGUACCUUGUCCAGCUGGCUAAAUAGACAGAAAGGAGUCCUUCUCUGUCUUCAGUGGACCCAUCUGCUCGGUUAAGGAGCCCCCGUGGAGCCAGGAGUGGAACCAGUGUUCGGCCCGAAGAGGCCCUGGAAGAGCCAUGGCAGGUGUUUGUGACAGGACCCCCAAUUUCAUAUCCCCUUCUGAAGACCUGGACUUGGGACCUGCCCUUGGCAGUGCAGUUGCUUUGAAUUGCACAGCGUGGGUGGUCUCUAGGCCGCAGUGUCCCCAGCCCUCAAUACAGUGGCUAAAAGAUGGUCUUCCACUGGGCAAUGAAAGCCACUUCAGCCUCCAUCAGGACUUUUGGGACAGCGCCAACUUCUCAGAGGUUGUGUCCAGUGUUCUGGUGCUCAACGUGACCAAUACUGAGGACUAUGGAAGUUUCACCUGCUCUGUCUGGAAUGUCAGCUCCCACUCCUUCACUCUUUGGAGAGCUGGCCCUGCUGGCCAUGUGGUUGCCGUGCUGGCCUCCCUCCUGGUCCUGCUGGUGCUGCUGCUGGUGGCCCUGCUCUAUGUUAAGUGUCGCCUGAAUGUGCUGCUUUGGUACCAAGACAACUAUGGGGAGGUGGAGAUGAAUGAUGGAAAGUUAUACGAUGCCUACGUGUCCUAUAGCGACUGCCCGGAGGACCGCAAAUUUGUGAAUUUUAUUCUGAAGCCUCAGCUGGAGCGGCGUCGGGGAUACAAGCUCUUCCUGGAGGACCGCGAUCUCUUGCCGCGCGCGGAGCCCUCUGCCGACCUUCUGGUGAACCUGAGCCGCUGUCGGCGCCUCAUCGUGGUUCUUUCAGACGCCUUCCUGGGCCGGGCUUGGUGUAGCCAGAGCUUCCGGGAGGGACUAUGCCGCCUGCUGGAGCUCACGCGCAGACCUAUCUUCAUUACCUUCGAGGGCCAGAGGCGUGAGCCCAUGCACCCCGCUCUCCGUCUCCUGCGCCAGCACCGCCACCUUGUGACUCUGUUGCUUUGGAAGCCUGGCUCCGUGACGCCUUCCUCCGAUUUUUGGAAAGAGCUACAGCUGGCACUGCCACGGAAGGUGCAAUAUAGACCUGUGGAGGGAGACCCCCAAACGCGACUACAAGAUGACAAAGAUCCUAUGCUCAUCGUGAGAGGAAGAGCUGCCCAGGGCCGCGCCAUGGAGUCAGAACUGGAUCCAGACCCUGAGGGGGAUCUGGGUGUCCGUGGACCUGUCUUUGGGGAGCCACCAACCUCGCUGCAUGCAAGCAAGAUCUCCGGAGAAGGCCCCGGCAGUGAAAUGGACGUCUCUGACCUUGGCUCUCGAAACUACAGCGCGCGCACAGACUUCUACUGCCUCGUGUCUGAGGAUGAUGUGUAGCCCUUACCCUAGCAGCCCAGAUCGUGGGGUCACAGCAGCAUUUCCAGGGUAGAGGCAGGCACCCCUUCUCCCUAGGACCGUAACCCUUGCCUGUAGCCCUGGACCCCUCAGGGAAGGAGUGUAGCUCCAGGGUCUCACAAAAUAAAAUCCUCUUUGCUCCCG